AUGCCUGCCGUCGAGUCAACGUUCGAUCCCAAGGACAUGGAGUUCCGUCGCCUUGGACCUGCCGGGCUCAAGGUCUCGGUCUUCUCCCUUGGAGGCUGGUUGACAUAUGGAGGAACACAAAAGGGAAACAUCGUAAGGGAGAUUAUGGAAGCUGCUUGGGCGCACGGCAUCAACUUCUUCGAUACUGCCGAGGUCUACUCUGCCGGACAGUGCGAGAUUGAGAUGGGCAAUGCUUUCAAGCAGCUUGGGUGGAGUCGCGAUGAGUAUGUGCUGUCGACCAAGGUGUUCUUCGGCACAUCGAGGAAGGAGCCCAACACCCGCGGUCUGAGCAAGAAGCACAUCAUCGAGGGCCUAAAGAGCUCUCUGAAGCGUCUGCAGCACGACUACGUUGAUGUCGUCUUCGCUCACCGCCACGAUCCCGACGUGCCCAUGAAGGAGAUUGUCGAAGCUUUCACACAAGCAAUCCACAUGAACCUCGCAUACUACUGGGGCACAUCCGAGUGGUCUGCUGCUCAGAUUCAGGAGGCGACCGAGAUCGCCGAGAAGUACCAUCUGAUUGCUCCCAUCGUCGAGCAGCCUCAAUACAACGCCUUCCACCGCGAGCGAUUCGAAAAGGAGUACGCUCCCCUUUACGAGAAGUUCCAGUACGGAACGACGAUUUGGUCGCCGCUUGCUUCUGGUCUCUUGACUGGCAAAUACAACGAGGGCAUUCCCGAGGACUCUCGCUUCGCUAACAACAAGGACUUCUUCCAGAAGACUAUUGAUGAGUUGAAGAGCGACGAGGGGCAGGCAAAGAUCGAGAAGGUCAAGAAGCUGACCAAGGUUGCUGAGAAACUUGGAGCUUCCACUAGCCAGCUCUCCCUUGCCUGGGCUGCGAAGAACCCACACGUAUCGACUGUCAUUCUGGGCGCUAGUAAGGUGCAGCAGAUUCACGACAAUUGCGCUGCUCUCAAGCUGCUCCCCAAGCUGACGCCAGAGAUUAUGGAGGAAAUCGAGGGUAUUCUUGGCAACAAGCCCUGA